GAUGGGGAAGAGUCUCCUUGAGCACCGUCACCAGUGAUUUUGAAGGAAUGCGCAACGUUUGUGACAACUGGAAGGUUUCCGCAACCCUGAAGGCGGCGAUGAACCAAAAACAUUAGGGAGAAGUCACCUGCUUUAAUACCAUUAGAGCGAUCUUCCUUCUUGACGGAGGCAGAAGUGUCCAGUUGCGCUGGAAGAGAGCUCGGGAGAGACAGAGAGAGGAAUAGCCAUUGGUUUCCACUGUCUGCAGCCACAAGAGAACAAUGAAAGACUUAUUUUGUCUUUCAGACGAGCAACUGAUACAAGACGAUGACGACAUGACCAGUUCUACAUUUAGGCAAAAUGGUAGGACCCGGACCAACUGUGCAAGAUGUCAGAGGAACCUGUCCCUGCAGAUCUCAGUGAAAGUCCUCUAUUGCUUCGUGGUCAUUCUCAUCAUUGCUGUGGUUGUGCUGGCAUCCCUAGUUUUUCGGAAAGUCAAUUCCCUCUACGAUGACUUCAGCUUGGCAAAGUCCAGUUACGAGAAGAAGAUUGUCUCGGUGCAAGUUGACCUCCAGGAACUCGACAUGAAAUCCGUCGGGAACUGCUCGCACUGCCAUGACGCCACCUUCCUGGGUCAGGAAAUCAGGAAACUUCACGGGGAACUGGAAGAGAUCCAGAAGAUGCUUUUGGCCCAGGAGGCGCAGUUGGUCGAGUCAUCCAAAAACCAUCAGUCCCUCCUGUCAGCCAAUGACAAGCUAGAUAACCAGGUCGAGAGAAGCAACUUCUCCCUCCUCCAGGUCAAUCAGACUUUAGGAACUUUCCUGUCCCAGGUUAAAGGGUGGCAGACCGCAGCGACGGACUUGGAGACCUCGGUGAAGAACUUGGUCCAGGAGCGCUAUGACAUUACCGCUGCCGUACAGCAGAUCAAUUUCACCUUGGGUCAGACGUCGGACUGGAUACAAGUCAUCCAAAGGAAAACCGACGAGGAGACGCUAACGUUGCAAAAAAUUGUGUCUGACUGGCAGAAUUACAGCAAAGUUUUCGGAGGGUUUAAAUCAACUUCGGUCAAAACCAUCGACUUGGUGAGAAGCAUCCAGAGUAGCAUCGCUGCCACCGCGCAGCGCAUCACCCUUAACACGGAGGUCAUGCACGAUCUGGUCCUACAAGUGAUGGGCCUUCAGCUGCAACUGGACAACAUCACAGCUUUCGUUGAUGACCAUGAGGAAAACAUGGCCGACCUCCAGUACCAUUCAAAGUACACCCAAAAUAGGACAGUUGAGCGCUUCGAGAGCCUGGAGGGCAGGAUGUUCUCCCAUGAAACGGAAAUUGGCACCAUAUUCACCAAUAUCAAUGCAACCGAUAACCACGUGCACAGUAUGUUGAAAUAUCUUGACGACGUGCGACUUUCUUGCACCCACGGCUUCCACUCGCACGCUGAGGAGUUGUACGUUCUCAACAAGUCGGUCAGCCUGGUGCAGGACACCGCAGAUUUUCUCAGAGAGAGGUUCAGCGUGAUGAAUGUUCAGCUAGAUUUUGAUGUUCGGAAUCUGUCCAUGAUCAUGGAGGAAAUGAAAUUGGUGGAUACCAGACACGGGGAGAUUCUCCAGAAAGUCACCAUGGUGCAAGGUUCACCAGGUCCACCAGGUCCAAGGGGAUAUAAAGGCGAUGUAGGAACCAAGGGACCAAUAGGUCUGAAGGGAGACAAAGGUGACACAGGUGACCUAGGUGUUCCAGGACCUCAAGGACCGAGGGGGCUAGAGGGCGAUCCUGGACCUGCUGGAGAAAAAGGAUCUAUUGGAAUUAAAGGUAGUUCUGGUGUUAAAGGUGAAAAGGGCAGUAUGGGCCCACCUGGGCCAAAAGGCCAAAAAGGAACAAAAGGUGAUGUAGGUCCUCCGGGACCUGAAGGCCCACCAGGUGACAAAGGACCUUCGGGUCUCCCUGGUGUACCAGGACUUCCAGGAAACAAUGGAUUACAAGGAUAUCCAGGACCAAAAGGAUCUAAAGGAGAAGCUGGCUUUCCAGGAACUCGUGGAUAUCCUGGACCUCCGGGAGAAAAAGGACAAUCCGCCAUCUCAAAAUGAAUGUAAGACUGGAAGCAGAUUUCUUAUUGGCUAAAUAAGCCUUCUUAACGUACAACUAAGCUGACUGGAAAUGAAGGUCGCUGGCCAUC